GCAGCAGGCAAUGCAGUUAAGGAAUGCUGUCAAUGGGUUUGACUCCUUAUCACUUGACUGUGGUUAAUUUUGGGUUUGUGGCAUGUUUGUGGUUUAAAAGCUGUGUUUAAAUUUGGCAUGAUGUACAAUACUUAUUAACACAGUAGAGCAUGAAUAUCAGAGUCCAGUGAAUGCAUCAAAAGCACAGUCCCAGAAUUAAACCUGAAUAAAACAUACAAGAGUAAGUGUCAUCUAUGAUUUAAUAUCAUUUUGGAUAUAUUCUACUGAAAAAUAAAGAUAGUAUUACCCGUUUGUUACACUACUCUAUGAACAACUGUGGUACAUUUUAUAUGAUUAAUAUUAUAGAUUUGUUUAGUGUAUGACAUUUUAAUAUGUAUUUUAAAUAGAAUACAUCCAACUUACAAGAACUCACCUGUCAUCUAAAGAACCUUUUACUUACUGGGCCUUUGCAUUACUGUGGCCAGUCAGCAGCAGGAGUCAUUUGUAUACCCGCAGGAUGAUGCAUAUCUUUGCCACACCAAAGCUAUAUCACCUUUGAUGUCACCACAUUCUGUGCCACCUCACAAAGGGAUAGGAUGUUCUAGGAAUAUGGGUCUCAUCAAGAGUCACAGACUGGUACAAGUUAUGAGAAACACAUCAGGUUCCAGAAAUACCACCUUAGUUUUAUUCUAAGUCAGAGGGAUUACUUGGACAUUAUAUGGAGUGCCCCCCUUCUCAUAUUCAUAUUUGAGAACUGAGGAAAUGAAAUUAUUUUUAUCAUUAUCAUCAUCAUCAUCCAUAGUGGUAGUAAAAUUAAUUCUCCUUCAUGUCUUGUGGGUGGCUGGUGUAGUGAACUUGGUGGGAGAAAAUAUGAAUUCAAAUCCAAACUGUUAUGGUACCGGGAAAUUGGAAGGGGGGUGAGAGAUCUUUCCCACCACCACAAGCCUUGCCUCUCCAUACUAGGAGCCAAAGACAAAGAGCCUCUGCUACCAAAUGUAGCAAUUCACUGAUAAAUGUAUCUAUGUACUAGGUCAAUAGGAAAACUUUAGAAAUUUAUAUAAAAUCACUGCAAUGACAGAUUUACGCCAUUCCAACAUUGUUCUACUCAGAGGGAAAAUGGCUAGCAGGGGAAGAGCUUCGGAAAUGGGUAGGGGCAGCCAUAAUCCCUGAAGGGUGAGACCCCCUACUCAGUGUGUCCCACUGCCUGGGUGAUAAUCUCUGGCAUCCUGGCACCUGAGUACCAGAACAGGUAGUCAUUCUAAGAACAAUCCCAAACCCAACCUUAGUGGAUUGGGGUCUUGGUCAAGACAAAGGGUGUGCUUAACUUGUCUGGGAAAACAGGCAAAUGUAAAUACUUACCUUUGUUUCGCCUAAAGAUUGGAAAGUGGAGGUCAUGUGAGGACAAGGCAAGCCUGGUGCUCAGGUUUCUGCCAGAAGACCCCUCCCAAUUUAUGACAUAGUUAUGACAAAUGUAUGAUGUUUUACUAAGGGUGUUAUGGGGAAGUUGGGAAACUUAUAAAAACAGGGAGCCAUCCUUUGUUUGGGACUUCUCUCUGCUUCUUCCAUGUGGUAGUCUUGUUGCAACAAUAAAGAUCAGGCCUACUGGCCGCUGCUUUCCUUGGGUCUCCUGGUUAAAGUCUCUUGCUUGUGACCCCCAACCUGAACCUAUGGGAGCCAAAGUUAGGCAAUUGUGGGGUGCUCCAAUGACUCCCUUAUACUCAAACACCAAGUUAGCUGAACAAUCUUGGGCUAGCCACCACCGGCCUACCCUACCUCACAGGGUUGUUGAUGAUAAAGAGGGAUGGUGGCAUACAGAGCUCUUUAGAGGAGUACUAGGUUAAAAACGUAACAAAAAAAUAAAAUGUUGAAGCCUUACAUGGGAUUCAGAAGGGGAGGGGUUAAAGAAACAAGAGGCGUGCAAUUUUUAUGGAAAAAGGAAUAACAAAUCUUCACAACAACCCUGUGAGGUAAACCAGUGUUUAUGACGGUGUGCAUUUACUUGGGAAUAAGCCUCACUGAAUUCAACACAUUUACUCCUCAGUAAACACGCAUGGAGGUCCAGAAUCCACUAACCACGUCCAACCACAACACUCUGUCCCCUAAACUGGGACAUUCUGCUCCUGUAACUCUUUUUUUUCUACCCCUCCCCCCAUUUCCUCUACAGUUUCCUCCCUUCCACGCUCCCUGCCCUUCGCUCCCGCAGCUCCUGCUCCGCCCCCUUGAACGGUUGCUAGGCUACCUUCUGCGGGCGGCAGUGCGGAUGGCGCGGAAUAAUGACGUCGAGAGGCGGAGUGCGCGGCUUCUGUCGCGCUAAAGCUCCCUCGGAAGCGUCCGUGCGCCGGACAGAGACGGGUGAGUCCUUAGCGCACUCCUCUCCGCCCCGUCCCGGCCCCGCCCCAUCUCCGCAGGUAGGCGGGGCCUUAGGAAAAGUGACAGAGUCGUGGGCUUCCACUAUUCCUGGCUCCAGCCUGCUGGGGCCAGAAAGAGAGCUUCGCGUGGGCUCCUCAAGGCAAUGCUUCAGCUCCCUUCCCCCUCAUUUUGAGCCCGGGCUCAACUCCGGGAACCUAGUCCGAAUGUCCGGGCUCAGCACUGGAACAAAAUGACAUAACAACGAAAGCGAACGUGCCUCUAGCCAUGUACAGAGUGUAUCCCCCCUCGCUCGUGGCGGAGUCAGCUUAGGCACCGCACUGCGGAGGGAGGGAGAUGUUGGUGACAAAGCCUUCAUCUCAGGAGCGCCCACGCGUGGUUUUCUCCUGGGUGGUGGGGAAGCUGAUCUCUGCUAUUUCUGCCCCUCCUCCACCUACUACGGAAUGCAGCCUCUCGUUCAAAUCGGAAUGAUUCAAUUGGAGGUCACUUGAGUAGGAAGCUGGUGUCAUGUGUUUGUAAAGUGAGCUGUCGUUGCCAGCUGUCACCUGGAGAGAGAGGAAAAACUAGGUCUCCUCAGACCCCAGAUACCAACCAAUGUUAGAAACUGUUUAAUUUACAAAGGCAUGUACUGUGUUAUAGGGAGCUUGCCAUGGGUGUUUCCAAAAUGUUUCAUUUAUUACUUGCACUUUAAAAACUGUAAACUGUAACACACUUUUAGUAGCCAUUCACUGAAACAUUUUCACUUCCUCUCCUUGCCUGAGUGGAGUUCUCUGUGUAUAUAAUUCAGCUGGUGUCACGAUUUAGACUGCAAUCCUAACUCCAUUUACCUUGGACUAAGCCACAUUGGAUUCAGUAGGACUUACUUGUGCCUAACGUGAUACCAGUUAUGGGCCAUCAUAGACAUGUUGCUGCAUGGUAUGCAUUCUUUUCCUGCCCAGAUGAAAAAAUGGGUUUUCCCUUUCUCUGGGGAUGGAGAGGGGAGAGACUGCUGUAACUAAACAUAGAAUCCUGAAUGAAUGAAGUUGCAGUCUCAUGUCCACAUAAGCAGGCUAUUUGCUUUUGGAAGAUCCAGUGAAUAUAUUUUUCUCAAUCUUGAGUUGUGACUGAUCAUCACAUUUGAAGUGGGAAAUUAACUAGACAUACUCUUCUUCAAUCCGCCAGCAGAUUCAAUGAUGACAGGGUGGAGAAUUUGUUUUCCCCCAGCACCUGUUUGCUUGAGGCACCUAGGAUCAUUUGCUUUCUUGGUGCCAGUUUUGUGGAUGCUGUCGCUAAAUUGCACAUGUUAGGGAACAGGAGACUGGUAAGUGAACACUCCUAUCUUUAGGCAAGAGAAAGGUCUUAGAUUGUCUUGUACUCCCUUUUAACUCUAGAAGUUAGGUCUGUUCCACUAUGAAAGUGCUCAUGUAUUAAGAUCUUUGUGAGAAAGGCCUUUCCACGUUCCACCAAUAGCUGAGGUGCAUUUCUUGUGGGACAGGGCCUUCUCAGUGGCUGCACUCAGUCUCUGGAGUUCCAUCCCUAGACCCAUCUUGACUUGUUUCUGAUGCACUGUCACUGACUGACCAAUUUUAUUUUAUUUUAUUUUUAUUUACAGUGCAAGUUUUUAGUUUUCAGCUGGCUGCUGGCUUUAAUUCCUUUCAUAUUUAUUAAUUGAAGUUUCCAUUGUAUUUGUUAUAUUAUGAGUUGUAUCCAGUGAAGCUGUCCCAUUCUUGCAAGAACUUCAGCUUGUGCAAUGGAACUUGCCCUCUUUCUGCAUCCCCCACACGUAUCCUCUGGGUUUUCCCCCCAAUCCUCAGGAGCAGAUUGUGGGGUGGAGCAUGGGAAGAGGAGGGGAAAUUCUAAUGCACAAGCAGAAGUCCUCGCAGGAACACAAAGAUUUUGUUGGAUGCAGCCCCUUCAAAUUGUUAAUGCUGUUAGUCAUCUUCAGCAUCAUGUAUGAAAAGGCAGGAGACAAAAUAUUAUAAAUGAAUAAAUAUUGCUUUCUUUCCCUCUGUAGGACCUGAAGGAUGUUGGAGCAACCAUCAUGGGCCAAGCCCUAUGUAUCUGCUCAAGGGGAACCAUCACCAUCAAUAACAAACGUUACCUUUUAAUCCAUAGACUUGGGGAGGGGUGAGUAUAUGAGAACUGAGGACUAAGUUUUCACACAUCUCAUCUACACAUUGAGCACUGUCAUUGUUAGCAAGAGAUAAAGCUGAAAGGUACAUCAUCUAGGAUCCGCAUAGUCCAGUGGUGGGGAUUCUGUGGCACUUGAGAUGCUGCUGGAUUUCAGCUUCCAUCAUCUUUGACCAUUGUCCAUAUUGGUUGUGACUGGAGGACACAUAUUCCCCAUCCCACCCCAUCUACCAAAUCCACUGCAGAGGCAAUAUUCAUCCUGUACAAAUCACCCCUCAAUUUUUUUUUUCAUGCUUUGGUGUAAGCUCCUUUGAACUUACUUCUGAGUAAAUGUGCUUAGGAUUAAGCAGCAAAUAUUUCUGCAGACAGCUACAAUCUACUCUGAACAACUUGUUCCGUUGCUUACUCAUUCAUUACAGUUGGAAAGUUUAUUCCUGAUAUGUAACCAAAGUCUUCUUUGCUGCAAUUUGAACCUGCUGGUCUUCCCUCAGUAGUCUUGGUAAACAGACAUCCUCACUCCUCUGUGUCAUCCUUUAGAUAACUAAAACACACUGAACUGCUAAGCCGUCAGACCAGCUCGGUGGUGGUGGUGUUUUUUUCUGAUGACUGCAAAUGUCUGAUGUUACAGAUGAAACUGCAGGAAGCGUCAGGAUAUAGGGUGAUCUAUCCUCCAACCUUCAUUCCCAAUGGGUUAGGGACACUUUCAGUGUAUGGUUGAAACCCUCAUUGUUAUUGAUAAGCCUGUUAAAUUGCUGUGUAAUUUUGCACUGUUUGCCAGCUGUGAUGAUGGAUAGAGAGGAGCACAAAUACAUUCCUGUGCCACAGCAUGAAAUUAAUGCCUUAUUCCUCAGUUGAUCGUUGGAGAGGAAGAAGGUUACAUAAUUUCCUCUUUUUAAAAAUCUCCUAUUCUGAGUUGUAAUGGCACUACUUUGUUAGCUUAGAGGUGGGCAGGAGCAGAGGCCUGUGCGUACAGACAGCAGGAGAGGAGAAUAAAAAUCCUUCCCCCCCACCCACCAAGCUGCCUGCUCUGUUCCUGACAUACCUUCUCCCCACACAGAGGUUUUAGCUACGUGGACCUAGUAGAAGGGCUGCACGAUGGGCGCUUCUAUGCACUGAAACGCAUCAUAUGCCAUGACAAGGAUGAUCGCCAGGAGGCCAUGCAUGAGGUAGAGAUGCACCUUCUCUUUGAGCAUCCCAACAUCCUGACCCUGUGUGCACAUGCCAUGGUGGAGAGGGGAUCCAAACACGAGGCCUGGCUCCUGUUGCCUUUCCUGAAGGUGAGUGUGGGUGUAAGGUGCAGGUGGAUACAGCAGUGCAUGCUGGGAAAUGUAGUAUUUGUGGCUACAUCAUGCAAGGCUGAGAGGUGUUGUAUACUGGGACCGUAGCUGCAGAGGACCGUAGCUGCAGAGGUUGGUCUCUUCCAGCAGCCGCCUGGUUCCCACCAAGGAUGGAUACAUGAGGCCAUUUUCAGGAUGGAGCCACUUGAUGGAACCCUGCUUCUACACCAGUUGCAAUCGGUCCCAUAGCAUUUAUUUAUAAAAUUGUUUUCAUCUUGCCCUUUGGACUCCCACCCCAGGUGGCCUGCAAUCACAAGUUAAAAAAAUAAACCAAUAGAGGUUUCCCAGGGUACAGAAUGGAAAGGGUGUCAUCAGCAUAUAGUUGGUACCCAGUCCCAAAUCCUUGGAUAAUCUUUCCCAGUAGUUUUCAUGUUUCUACUAGACAGUAUAAGGGACAAGCUGAACCCUGAGAUUCAUCUCAUUUUUGGCUGCCAGAGCCUCAGAGCGCAUGUUAUUCUCCUUGACUUCUACUGGACCAGAUUCCAGAGCUGUCCUCUGUGAUAAAGGACCUCCGUCCGCUUUUACAGACUGCUGCUUCAGUUUGAAAGGAUUUAGUAACAUGGCAGCACAUGAGAUUUUGUGGCAGGUGCCACAAUUCUCAGGGGAUCAGAUAAUCUGAUCUGGUUUUUCUCUACACACCCCUUAAUGUGGUGGGCAUGGCAGCACCCCUGUGAAGUCAGCUUGGAGCCUCAGGCAUCCAUUCCUUUCCUAAGUUCAGCCCAGAUCAGUAAGCUGAAAGGUUGUCUUUAUUGUAGUUUUACUCCACUGUGCUGUGCUCAACUGUGCUCCCAAAUUUCUGCUAUGCUUGCAUUUUGGCCCUGGCAGAAAGCUCCACAACAAUAGUCACCUAAAAACAGCAGACCCCAGCAGAGUGAUAGGGCAAGUUCAGAGCUGGAAGCAUGGUGACCCAUAGUAAAGCAGAGAUAAGUGCCUCUUGGAAUGGUUAGGCAAUCAGGCUGGCUCCAAAGCUGCUGUCCCCAAAAGCUUUUUUUUUGCAUCUUCUCGGUCAUAUUGGAGUGGGGAUGGUGCCAUCCUCUAGGAAAUCACUUCCUUCAACCCUGUGCAGGUGGAGGGUUUGUACCUAAUACAUUAAAUGCACUAAUAGAGGAUCUCUUCCUCAUCCGGUAUUUUUUGAGGAGAAUAUGUGUGAUCUCCAUCACCAGCGUGCCUGGGCUUCUCUUUGCAGAGAGGGACCCUUUGGCAGGAAGUUGAAACUCUGAGAGAUAAAGACGCCUUCAUGCCGGAGGAGAGGAUCCUGGCCAUCCUUCAUGGCAUCUGCCGGGGCCUGCAGGCCAUUCAUAACAAGGGCUAUGCACACAGGUGAGAAGCUGGGUCUAGAAAGCAUAGGGCAUUCUCACCGUUGGAACAGAGCCCAUGUUUGGGGAGGGCGGAGGAAGUGGGUGACGUAGGUGAUCAGUUAUAGAUCAAUAUUGACAGCACCGACACAGGAGUUUGCAAAGCUAAAGAAACACAUUUUGACAUGGAGCAGUAUUUGCAAUAGGGGAAGCCAGAGCCUGGGGACGUAAGGGGUUCAAAGUCGACUUCAAAGCUCUUAUGGUUCUGUGGCUGGACAAAUCAAGGAUCUUUUUUUCAGAGACCUGAAGCCUACAAAUGUUCUCCUGGAUGAUGAGGACCAACCGCUGCUGAUGGACCUGGGCUCUAUGAAUCAGGCCCGCAUUGAGGUGCAAAGCUUGCGGGAGGCCAUGACUAUUCAGGUAGGAGGGCAGCCUGGUGAAAAGGAAACGGGAGAAUAGCUGCUUCCAGCAAAGAUGGUGAAGAACCCUCUAAAUUAGAUUAAUUGUAAAAGGAGCUCAGGCAGGCACCAGUCCCCUCAACACCUGCAAUUAAACAGAAGAGUGGAAGGGAAUGUUAGCAAGUUGUGAUCUUGUUUGCCCAUGCAAAACGAUCCAUGUGAUACUAUGCAAUCUUUGCUUCUGUAACAUGGAAAAUUUCCACAGAGGAAAGAGCAGUUUAAAAAAACUUCACGAAGUUCUCAGAAGCUACCUAUUCCUUAACUAAAGUCACCGUAAAUUGUGUCUCCAAAAGAUUAACAGUAUUCCCCCUUCCAUCCCACAUAGCGUGGUUAGGGCUGCAACAAGAGGCAAAUAAACUAGCAUAUAAACUGUGAUGGGUCAUUAAUUUAGAAAGUUAUCAUCUUUCUCAUAAUUAAAUCAUAAUGUCAAUCACUUCAAAGUAUAUGUAGAAUUGAGACGCCUGUGGGCAGGCAGAGCCCGAGGUUUCCUUCCUUCCUUCUCUGGUAAGCUGCAAUCAUUUACUUUAACACUACUGCCACUACAUUAAAUUAUAGGCAUUGCAGGAAUGUUCCUGAGGAAAAAAGUUGAGACGAAGGCCUUCUGUUUACUUUCUCUUUCUCUUUCCCUCUCCCUCUCUCACACACUGUAUUUGAGAUUAAGUUCUUGUCUUAUUUAUUAUUUAUUAAAUUUGUCAGUCGCUUUAUAUUGCCCAAAGCGACUUCCCUCUAAUUUAUUUUGCAGGACUGGGCUGCCCAACGUUGCACCAUCUCAUACAGAGCACCAGAGCUGUUCACUGUGGAGCGUGAAUGCGUCAUCGAUGAACGUACUGACAUCUGGGUAAGGAUCCUCCAUUUCCAUUUAGGGGAAAAAAUCCACUUAGUCACCUAAGUCAAAGGAUGCAGUUCCCCAAUUUGUCCCUGUGCAAGGGAGGGAGAUCCUGUCCUUGAGGUGCCUUCCCAUUCAAGAGCCAGCUUUCUCCCUACUCUCACCUUGCCUCUGCUUAGUCCUUAGGCUGCGUUCUGUACUGUAUGAUGUUUGGAGAGGGGCCUUACGACAUGAUCUUCCAAAAGGGGGACAGUGUGGCCUUGGCGGUGCAGAACCAACUCACCGUGCCCCAGAAUACCAGGUAAGGAAUGGCUGUGUGAAAGGAAGGUUGUCCUUGAUCCAAGGCAGACCAGGUACAAAGCGCCUCUGAAUUUCAGGUACUCGCCUGCUUUGGAACGCCUCCUCUCCUCCAUGAUGGUGGUGAAUCCCCAGGAGCGCCCAUUCAUCACUGACAUCAUAGGCCAGCUUGAAGCGAUACAGCCACCUCCCACCGGGCAGGACAUGACACGCAUCUGAGCCCAGAGUGUGUGGGGUAAGCAUGGAGGCAGCAAAGGAACUGAAGCCCACGUGGGGGACCUCCAGUGGUUCAAAGUUUACAGGAAAGACUGGACAAAGCUUCAUUGCAUUCCAGUUCCGUGCCUGCCUCCUUCCUUUGGAAACUCUUCCGCAGUGGGGCCAUCGCCUGCCUUGGAACUUGCUUGAAGGUCCUCCUGCCAUUCUCACUGGUGGCCUAGCAUGCACCUUACUGGGCUUCACCUGCGUUGUAGGCCAUUGUCAACCACCUCCCCAAAGCAGCAGGAUGCUGCUCUUACAAGGGACCAAGAUACCUCAUCACCGGCUGGGAAAGAGAACCCAGCAUUCUGUACUCAAGUACAGCUUCUAGAUGAAUGAUUUAAGAAGCUGGUGUCCUAUUUGUUUUGGUACAGGCAUGUCUUCCGGGCCUGUCAUGUCAAAUAAAGUCUUCAUACUCAGCUGUAUAAACAUAUUUAGUAUGUGAUUUGCAAAUAUAUAAACUGG